GAUUUUCUCAUUCUGGCUGCUGGCGGAUUUCAAGCACACGCCGUGUUUUGAAUCACGUUAGCAGUGGACGAGUUGUUUGGCCCCAUGUAAACACGCGUAGUUACAGGUGCAAUGAGCUACCCAAACCUUCCUGGUCCUAUGUGGCGGCAACAAUUUCAAUCAACGAUUGCGUUUGCGUGAUAAUGUCACGUGGUGACUUGAACACCUCUUGAAAAGAUUUCUUUCUGACCCUGUGACAUGAGUGUUUCAUAUUCCUGUGGAGGCAGAUUUCCAUUCUUGUUUUCUUUUUAAGCUGGAGGGUACCAUGAGUCGGACCAAUAGCAGUUCAAUGUCCCUUGGCUUUCCAGCGGUGGGGUUGUGCCUUGCUGCUUUGCUGCUCAGCAAUGCCUUACUUUACUUUUACCUGGAGUCGUUGUAUCCGACUGAUGAGCUGCUGGUGUCCUCCCGUGUUGGCUGUGAACCUCGACAUUUUAAAAUGGCGACCAUGAAAAACUGCAUCCCCUGGCUCCAGUGUUCACAGAUAAAUGCUGAAGUACGCAAGCUGAAACUGAUUGGCCAGGGAGCUGUUAAGAAGGUCCAUCUGGCAGAGUGGAGGGGUCAGAAGGUGGCUUUGUCCCAACUGUCCUCUCCGGAUUACCUGGAGGAUUUUCUCCAUGGAGUUUCUAUGUUACAGGCCCUUCAGGGACCCCAGGUGGUGCAGCUGGUGGGGUUUUGCCUUGAAAACCGCACCCAGGUCACAGAGCACCACCCACUUGGCUCUUUGCUUAACCUGGAAAGUAUUCUGGCACAAGAGCAGCACCAGCAACACAACAAAUGGCAGAUGCGGCUGGGGCUGGCUAUAGAUUAUGUCUCUAUCCUUCAUUAUCUUCAUGACAGCCCAGCUGGGAAGCGGGUUAUGUGUGACUCCAGCAGCUUGGAGAAAACUCUCACCCAGUUUCUGCUGACUAGUGACUUUCACCUGGUAGUAAACGAUCUUGAUGCGUUGCCUGAGGUGGAUGAGUCCAGAGGCUUGUUGGUGAAAUGUGGACAUCGAGAGCUCACUGGGGACUUUGUUGCCCCAGAGCAGCUUUGGCCAUUUAGAAGCAAAGGGAAGCCAUUUUCAGAUAAUCUUAUGCCUGGGUAUGAUGAGAGAACAGACAUCUGGAAGAUCCCAGACGUGACAUGGUUCCUGAUGGGAAGGGUACCUGGAGGGGAUGUGGUCCACUUCCAUCUUUUUCAGAUUCACGAGGAGUGUAAGAAGGAAGAUCCCAAACUCCGCCCUUCAGCACUGGAUGUUUUGAAGGUGUACCAAUCAGUUUACAGUAGCAUGGUGCGGGACAAUGCUGGCUUUAGAGACAUGCUGUAGAGUACGUGUCUUCAUAACUGAGUCACUUACAAAAUACCAAAAAUGUUCAAUAGAAAUUCAAGCUACAUUUUUAAAAUGUUGUGCAGUUUAAUAAAUGCUACUGGGUUUGGAACAGAUUGUGGCUUUCUGUCUUCUUCAUUUACAGUUUACUUGUUUCUAGUUUAACUACAUGUCAAGGUGUAAAUAACCAUGCAAGGAGGUUCACAGAUUUAAGAGACGUUUUUCUGUAUUUUCAUUUUACUAUUUGUGUUGCGAUUUAUUUCAUGUCUACCUUCUACACCGUUGUAGAAGGUAGUUUAGCUGACACUUGCCUGCUUUUACCAAUACAGACCCACACCUUUCCAGAGCUAGCCAGCCUGCAUUCUCCUUAAGCUCGUGCCUCAAAGCUAUAUUUGCGACAGAAAAUGUCACAUCAAGUGCAGCUUCUUUGGUGAUGAAUGCACAACAAUGUUUCCCAAAUAUUCAACAUACCCUACUCUUUGCACCUAGACUGGGAGAGGCUUUGUGUUUCUCUCAGCACCCCUCUUCAACCUGUUCUCGCUCAAAAAAGUGGGUGACUUCAUUUUAGACCUCCUUAUAUUUACAGUUUGAUGUUUUUUAACUUUAUAUUGGAUGUUCCGAUCAUUCUUCAACAAGUGAUGUCAUUUGAAAAUAAAAACAUUUCUGAAAGCUAUUAUUAAAUCUUCUCAGCCAGUUAUCCAAUGCAGACAGCCUUUUAAUCUUUCUAUUUGACAUGGAUGCUGACAAAACAAUGAUGCUUUGCUUCUGCUUUUCUCCAAUGGAAAAACAUCUUUUACAAUAAUAAAAAAAUGUCCACGCAAA